UUGGGGCGGGGGGAGAGGUGUCAGUAAUGCCAGCCCUUGUGGUGAUUUGAGUUUGAGACCCGGGCAGUAGACCAACCCAGGAGCGGGAGCUGUCACUGACUGUUGGCUCCUCCUGCAGCUACUCAGGGCCCGACCCACGGGGCAGGGGGAAAGGCAGGAGUAGCACAGGACGCAGGCCCCCCUCCACACUCUGAGUUUAACAGCUGCAAUCGUCUCCUGAGACCUCCCGCCGGUUCGCACAGCACCACCCUUACGAAUGGGCUGAAGUGUGGUUCCUUGCACUGACUCCUUGGAGAGUAUAUCAACUGACUUCUCUCAUAAUACUUGGGGUUGUAAUUAUGCAGAUAAUGAAGGAUAUGGUAUUGUCUCGGAUAAAAGGUGCACAGCUAUGGAGGAGCCUCACUGACAGCUGGGAAGUCAUCAGUUCCAAACAUGACUACAGGCCCAGAAUAAACCAAUGUAUUGUAGAUGCAUUGGUGAAUUUAUUUCUAUUUCUUCAAGAAAUGUCCCACUUCAAAGAGAAAAACCCUGGCAAGUUUUGCCUUCUGGUCUGCAGUGUGUGUACAUUUUUCACCAUCUUGGGUAGUUACAUUCCUGGAAUUGUACUCUCCUACUUUCUAUUACUAUGUGCCUUUUUAUGUCCGCUGUUCAAGUGCAAUGAAUUUGGGCAGAAGAUGUGCCACAAAAUCAAGUCAGUUCUGCUGAAACUGGAUUUUGGAAUUGGGGACUAUAUCAAACAAAAGAAGAGAGAGAGGUCUGAAACUGCAAAACCAAAAUCCACAGAAGAUGACAGUGAAUUAGACAUAUCAGCCCUGUGUCCUAAGAUUAGUCCUACAGCUAUUGCUAAAGAGCUAUCGGUGUCUGACACAGAUGUAUCAGAGGUAUCUUGGACUGAUAAUGGGACCUUUAAUUUAUCUGAGGGAUACACUCCACAGACAGAUACAUCUGAUGAUUUUGACCGACCUAGUGAGCAUGAAGAAGCUUUUACCAGAGAUCUUGCAGAAUUUCCCUCUCUAGAAAAUGGUGCAGGAACAAAUGAUGAUGAUGACUCAAGCAUUGGCAUUCCCAUCCAGCAGAAGAGAAAAAAGGAACAGAUGCCUUCCAAGAUGGCUCAUUCUCCUAGACAGAGGAAAGAGAGGCAGUCUGCCACAGGUCUCUUCCUUCCUUUGACCACUGACCAAACCUUUAACUUAGUGAGUGAUAUUGCUGGUGAUGUUAUUGCAGCUGCAGUGUCUGCCGCCAUCAAAGACCAGUUGCAGUCCACACAGCGAGCACCCUCACAGGUAGUCCCCAGUUUGAGUGAGGAGACAGACACAGAAGAAGCUGAUGAUUUUGAACUGCUUGACCAAUCAGAGCUUGAGCAGAUUGAGAGUGAACUGGGGCUUACACAAGGCCAAGAAGAAAAGCCACAGGAAAAAAAGAAAUCUUCAGGCUUCCUUUCAAAUCUGCUUGGAGGUCAUUAACCUGGAAAUUGGAGCUAGUAACGUAGCAGAAGUGAAACAAAAAAAUCAAAUGCAAAAAAAAAAGGAAAAUGCUCAGCUGUAAGCUUUAACUAUUACUUCAGAUGUGUUGUAGUAAUAUCCCUUACACAGAGUGAAUUAAUUGAAUACAUAUCAUCUGACCCUGAUAGUUAAUGUUUCUGAUAGUUAUGCCUCAAUGUAGUAGCAUGGAAAUGAAGUAUCUAGCCACUUUGGUCACUGAUAAAUGUUAGAAGUCAGUUGUUAUCUAAGAAAAAAUUAAAUUGCCAAAUCUAGAUUUUGGGGCCAAAUCUAGAUUUCGGAGUCCUCAGUCAAAUGCUCUUCACCUUCAGUUUGUUUACACUUAGUUUUCAAGCAUCCAAAGCAGUUAACGAUAUGUACAGUGAAGAGAAAUUAUGAAUAGGAUGCAGUGAGAUUAGCAGAAUCUCAUCUGCCUCUAUUAUAGUGAAAUAUCUAGAUCCCUAUUGUGUGUGGCACGUUUGAUGCCCAUAUUCUGCAUAAACCUUGAAUUUAAGGAUGUGUGCAACGCCAUCAAAAUUAACAAAAGUGGUGUUGCAUAUGUAAACUUUCAAAUUAAUUUUUUGAUAAGCUGAUACAUUUCCAAGUUAUCUCUGAUGUUUUAGGCUUGUAGAGUUAUGAAAUGGCAUGCUACUAAAUUGACCGCCUGCUGUAUUCUCUGCUAGAGUCUGGUACUGGGCAGCAAUGUCCAUAAAAAGCAAGGCAAAAACAAUGUUACACUUGAGAUUAUGGAUAUCAUGUAAACUGAACAAGGCUUUUGUAGUUUUUGUUUUUUAAUUUUAGUUUGGAAUAGGGAAACCAAGAAUAUUCAAGGUGAACAGAGAGAGGCUUUUUACCUGCCAAUACCUGCAGUCAGGGUUCUGUUUUUUUAAUGAGACAGCUGCUAUCACUCCUAACUGAAGUCAUUAGAGAGUUAUUCUUUAAGCUGUAUCUGGUGUUCAGUGAGGCCAGAUGUUAGAGAAGAAACUCAGAAACUUCUUGGCAUACAAGUGAAGGAGGAACUUGUAUAAAAAUAUUUAUUGGUAAUUUUUAACUCCUCACAUACUCAGAGUGGCUUGGGAUCUUAAGUAACUUAGUCUGUUUUGUUUUUGUUUUUCAAGAUUUUUGGUUCACCUUUAAACAAAGAUGAAAGGCAAUGCCCAUUUAAGGUAAACAAAGAUUAACAGGAAGAAGUAAAGCUAGUUUUAUUAGUGAGCUGUAAAUUGUUAGCAGGGUUGAGGGACCAUGUCAGCUGUUAUCACUAAUCUUUGUGAUCUCCUAUUUGCUGGCAUUUUACAGGUGAAUGUUGUUAUCUAGAUCUGUCAGAAAGUACAAACCAAGCUAAUAGCAAGGUCAGCUUUUCUUCCAUAAUAGAAUAUAUUUAGAAAAAAACCUUGUUUUGAAGUAGCACCCUUUUACAUUUGUUUUUCUUUCUGAGGCAUUUAAAAGCUAGACAGAUUGCCAAAAAGAUUUUAGGUAAAGGAAAGCUAUGGAAGACUUUUGACACUAGCUUUAUUGUUGCUUAUGCUUAUGUGUCAGUAAUGCAUAUUAACUGUGUUUGCUGUCCUUUAUCGGUACAAAAGUGAGCCUGUGCCUUCAUUAUCUAACCCAUCCUGAAAGAAGUGAAAACUGGAUAUAGAGGCCACAAAAUGUAGUUUUUAAAAUUACAUCAUUUUGACAUUUAAUAAAAGUUUCUGAAAAAUAUAGAAAACACAGCCAUAUAUUUUAAGCAGUGUUAGCUGUGAAGUUGUUUUAUGACUUUUUCCCAGCUUGUGCAUUCCCGUUUAGUAAACAGACACACACACAGGCUGUGGUCACAAAAUUAGUGAGUGUAAAAGCCAUUUCAGUUUCUCAGAUGAAUAAAGAACACUGUUUCCUUAAUGCAUGUUUAAGACAAUCUGCAUAGUCAGAAGAGUGUAAGUUACAAGUCACCGAUGAAGCUUUCAGAACAUCUUGACAUUAGUAUGCUUCCUUGUGUGCUAGUGCAAGUAACAAGAAUAUUAACAGGGUACAACAUAUGAAGAAACUGGAUGGGCAGGGCUGGACGGGGGGGUGUUUAACAAGAUUGUAAGUGGAUGAUGCUAGCUUACUGUUGAUGGUGGCAUUGUAACAGUGUGCACUUUAUUGUUUUCUGAAGAAUAUUUGUGGUUACAAAAUUAUAUAAUACAGGGGCACUCUUACAGAAAUGCAAAUUACAUCAAGGAAGAAAAGCAGUUGCAGGAGGAGUUGCUCAGACUUUUUGUAAAUGAUCCAUUUUCUGGUUUCAAGAUAGAAAAGUAAACCAAUUUGACUACAUGUUCCAGUGUGGAAUAAGUCCUGAAUUGUCCAUAAGGAAGCAAGGCAAAACAAACCUGAACAUACAACAUACUGAAAUGUGGGAGCACAACUGCUCAUUACCUGUGUUUGGCUUUUUAAAAUAUUUUGUUCUUCUGUUUUUAUAGUAGUUAAAGAAUCAUUAACUGUUCAAGACCCAAAUACUGCAGGAUUGGAAGAAUAGGACUUAAUAAAAAUUAUUAGUAGCAAUAAAAUUAUAGCAUAUCUUUCAUACUUUAUUAAUAUCAGAUUGACCCACGAGCAUCUGUGAGAGCUGAAAAAGGAGGCUUUGAGCUCUGAAUAGUAAGUAAUUGAGCAUGCCAUGAUUUUCUGCAGAACUUUCUCAAAAAAAGACAGCAGAAGUCAGAAGUACUUAGUUCAGAAAUAAUUAAGAAAUAUUGGUUAUGCAUUCCCUUUGCAUUAGUUGGAUAGCUGAGCAUGAAGAAACAUUUUCUGUCCUUCUAAAAGAUCCCGUCCACAGUGUGUUCAGUUGGAAUUCGUAUUAGGGAUCCUAAGUUUGCUGCACUCAGCAGCAGCAGCAGCAACAAAAUAAGCUACUGAACAAUUACAUCAUUUUACAAUCUUGCAAUAAUUCGCAUGGCUUCUUUCUUACCAAGAGUCUUGCCACCUUCAAAAAUUAAUAAAAUUACAAAAACAAAGUCAUAUGAGUAUGAGAGUAAAUUAAAUAGUGUAAAAGUGUAUAUUUGCUUCAUAGAAAACUUUUUUAGACACAAUGUAUUGUAAAAUAUUAUAUACACACAUUGAGCUAGAUAGUGAUUGUAUCUUUAAAGGAUUUCUCCAUUUGUUAGAAGAGUAUAUAUGGACCCUCCUAGUUCAGUCCUCCUUACUCAAUAAAAUUCCUAUUGACUUAAUUAGGCCUGUUGCCCUAGUAAGAAUGGCUGAAUUGGGGGCAGGGCCGGCUUUAGGCCAAUUCCACCAAUUCCCCUGAAUCGAGACCCGCGCCCUGUGAGAAUCUCUUC